CAGGAGCCGCCGAAGAUGGCAAUGUCUGUGAUACAAGCGUGCCGCAGUCUGGCUCUUUCAACAUGGCUGCUUUCCUUUUGUUUCGUGCAUCUGCUCUGCCUGGAUUUCACCGUGGCCGAAAAAGAAGAAUGGUACACCGCCUUCGUGAACAUCACUUAUCCGGAUCCCGGCGGCGGCGGCGGCGGCGGUGGCGGUGGCGGCAGCGAGCUACGUAGCGAAAAAACGGAGUGUGGCCGCUACGGGGAACACUCGCCCAAAAACGAGGUCUGGGGACAGGUGGUGAUGACCUCGGCGACCGCUGACAGACAAGCUUGCGACCCCAAUGCUAGGUUCGCCGUGCCCGGGUCCGGCAAGCUCUGGGUCGCCCUUGUUCCUAAAGGGAAUUGUACUUACAAGGACAAGAUUCGGCAUGCCGCCUCCCAAAACGCCUCGGCCGUGGUCAUCUACAACGUUGGCGCCAGCAACGCCAACGAGACGAUUACGAUGCCCCACGCAGGUAUUGAUGAUGUUGUGGCGAUAAUGAUCCCUGAGCCAAAGGGGAAAGAAAUAGUGAGCCUAUUGGAGCGGAAUAUUACUGUAAUGAUGCACAUAACAGUGGGAACCCGUAACCUGCAGAAGUAUGUUAGUCGUACUUCUGUGGUGUUUGUAUCCAUCUCCUUCAUUGUGCUGAUGAUCAUCUCCUUAGCAUGGCUGGUCUUCUACUACAUUCAGAGGUUCCGAUAUGCAAAUGCCAGAGACAGGAAUCAGCGUCGUCUUGGAGAUGCUGCGAAGAAAGCAAUCAGCAAACUCCAAGUCAGAACAAUAAGGAAAGGAGAUAAGGAAACAGAGUCUGAUUUUGACAACUGUGCAGUAUGUAUUGAGGGUUACAAACCAAAUGAUGUUGUCAGGAUCUUGCCUUGCCGGCAUCUCUUUCACAAAUCUUGUGUAGAUCCAUGGCUUCUAGAUCAUCGUACCUGUCCUAUGUGUAAAAUGAAUAUACUAAAAGCACUAGGGAUUCCGCCUAAUGCAGAUUGUGUGGAUGACAUCCCUCCGGAUUUUGAAGCUUCUAUAGGAGGGCCACCAACCAAUCAGAUUACAGGAGCUAGUGAUAUCACUGUGAAUGAAAGCUCCAUAGCAGUGGAUACUCCUAUCCGGACAGUUGGAGUAUUACAAGUUAUUCAGGAUGCAGAUCCUCUUCUGCAGGCUGGGGAAAGUAACAAUACUACAAGCAGUGAGCAAGAACCAGCAGUUAGUAGUGAUUCAGAUAUUUCAUUGAUUAUGGCAAUGGAGGUUGGACUCUCUGAUGUGGAACUUUCCACUGAUCCAGACUGCGAGGAGGUGAAAUCCUGAAAAAAAGGAAACUAUCAAAACAUCCUUCCACUAAACUAACAGGCAGUAGCAGGAAGAAGAAAUCAGUUGUGGUACACAUGAUUAUCCAUAUACAUAUGUGCACAUAUGUAAGAUUUGGGUCAGUUGUGUAUACAUGAAUACCCAUAUACACACGUGCACAUAUGUAAUUGUAUGACCUGCAAAGACUUCCGGAACAUUAUGUGAACUCCAGUUAAUUCCAUUCUGGGAUGGUCAUGAAAAGCAAUAGUAACAGACGUGUCUGCCUGGAUGCAG